AUGGAUAAUGCUACCACCCAGGAUGGUAGAGACACUCAGUUGACUUCCCCCGAGAGUGAAGCACACACGAAGCUCUCGUUUAAGAAACGAUUCAGGGACAUCAUCAAUUUGGAAAGAGAUGGCGGGUCCAAGGCCUAUCGUAGCACAGUCAAAGAAUCGCUGAAAGAAAUCGCUACCAAAUUCAAGGAACUGGGACUAAACCCAGACACAUCGGCAGAGUAUAUUGCUCUUAGAGGAGAAUGUCGUUCAACUUCUAAUUCUACCGAUGACCACGGCGUGGACAAGGUCGAAUCAACCAAGGAUCGAAUCGGGUCUCUCAAUGCAAGAUUAGAUAGUUGUCGUUCCAAUACCAUAGGAAUCGACGGGCAUGGUCCUACAGGGAUGAGUGAAGCCGAAUGGAAUAAAGCGACACUCAGUUGCGAUACCAGACUUCACGAUACCAUCGCGGGAUUGGAAGAGUUGACGGACGAUGGUCUAUUUCUCUCUGAUCAGAUGAGAAAUGAUGGGGAAGAAAUGGAGACAGCUUACUGGGACAUCGGCAUGACCAAACCAGGUGCAAUUGGUUCAAUCAAGAGAAUAAAUGACUUUCAUUUGAGAGCUAGUAACUUUGAAAGAAAACAUGACUUACCCCGUACUUUCUCUACAUAUCUUGGCGACAGUGUUUCACCAUUAUCUGUUGGCGAAAUCAGUCAUCUGAACGCCACAACGCGUUUAUCACCGUACUAUUCUCGUCAAGAUAUGUUGCGACUCACGAAACAUUGCUGUCAACAAUAUACCAACAUUGAAAAGCACCUUGAAUCCCAGAAAGUCGAUCUUACCAAUUCCCAGGAACUCAGCGAUUUGUACAAAGCCAAGUAUGAUGUCAGUUUUAGAUCUCGAUCGAACAUGAGCGGAUUUCAUGAUUAUCUCGUCAAGUUCGACAAGAACUUAGUGGGAACCUCGACCAAAUAUGGCGUGCCUCUCACAGAAGCCGAGGACGGAUCUCAUCAUGUCACACCACUCGCCGGAUUACCCCUUGACCUGCAAUGGUUGAUGUAUUAA